AGCCCCAAAGCAAGAGGAGACAUUUGUAUCUCAGAAACCUCAUCUUUCCAAGAAACCAAAAGCAAACCAGAUUCCCAGCGCCAUGGCUUGCUGUGUCCCCUGCUGCUGCAGCGUCCCCACCGGCCCCGCCACCACCAUCUGCUCCUCUGACAGAUGCUGCCGGUGCGGAGUCUGCCUGCCCAGCACCUGCCCACACACGACUUGGUUACUGGAGCCAACCUGCUGUGACAACUGCCCCCCACCCUGCCACAUUCCCCAGCCCUGUGUGCCCACCUGCUUCCUGCUCAACUCCUGCCAGCCCACGCCGUGCCUGGAGACCAUCAACCUCACAACCUAUACCCAGCCCAGCUGUGAGCCCUGCAUCUCAAGCUGCUGCUGA